CGCGCAGGUGAGCUGUGUCUGUGACGCAACAGGCAGCUUCGUCACUUCGGGUUUAGUCGGUGACUCCGAGGAUCCGUCAAUGGAAACCCCCGCAGCAGCGCCGCCACAUAAAAGCUCCAAACGGCUGCAAAUGGAAGCUGACAGAGACUUUACCGAGUCUACCGGCGGACAGAGCCCGAACCCGAGACACCGACAGCCGCCCUGACAGACAUGAUCCCCCCGACCGUCUACGCUCUGCUGCAGUGCUUCCUGUUGGCAGAUUUCAUCCAAUCAGCUCCCGUCAUCUCGCCAUCCGACCCGUCGGUGGCGCUCAGAGAGGCGUCCGAGCGAGCGAAGACGCUGGUGGAGAAAAUCCUGAGAGACGUGGUUGCCGUGCACGCCGCCACCGUCACCAUCGAGGGUUUGACCCUUGACUCCGCCCACACGACCAACCUGCAGAUGAUGGUGACAUCACUGGGCAUCCCCCCCGCCCCCGUCCUCAAACCGCCGUCAGAAGGCUUCACGCUGGACGUCUGUGUGAACCGCAUGUCAGCCGGCAGCCGUCUGUACCAAGGGCUGCUGGGAGAUUUAUCUGGAAGACUGAGCGGACUGAGCGACCUGCAGGCCGACCUGAGAGACCUGCAGACACACAUCACCAAGGUGAAGGAGGCGGCUCAGCUCGGCGCCGGCGUCGAGGCGGAUCAGAUCCAGAGUCUGGACCUGGCCUCCCGUCUCCAUGGUGACUACGGCGUGCAGGUGGCGGCUCACCUGACGCUGACGCAGCUCCGCUCCUUCUGUCACGACAUGAUCCGCAGCCUGAGAGCUGUCGCCACCUACAGGCCCCGCCUUGCAGGUACACGCUAAGCCCCGCCCACCAGGAGCACACAAGGCGAUGAAACGAAACACUAUAGGCAUCCAAAGGUCGUGACCUUUACCAACGGCAGCCUGUUUCUCCGUGCAGUGCAUCAUGGGAGUUAUUUCAUGAAGGAGUUCCUAAAAGAAACGUUUCAUACAAAGACGUGACGUCUUCGUCUGGAGCAACGAGAUCCUACUCCAUGAAUAUUCAUACGUUCAUCAAACAUCAGAACCUCAUCUGAGAACUGCAUCCAGAUGAAGGAAGGAAGGAAGGAAGGAAGGAAGGAAGGAAGGAAGGAAGGAAGGAAGUCCAAAACAAAAAC